AUGGAGGAAACCGCAGCUCUGCUCGCCUCUUCCGUCUCAAAGCAGCGGUUUGCAGGAGUCUCGAAGCUCUUGGAACAGCUUCGGACACAGAAAGCGACACCUGAGACCGCAGAUGCUCUAAUAACGCACGUGAUGCCUUGUAUACGUGAUCACAACUUGAAGAUCGCUCUUGGUGCACUGGAAAUCCUCGAGCAGCUGCUGCUGGCGCCUGUGGCGGACAGCACGUUACGCUCGACGUUCAAGUUGUUGUGGACGAGCAUCGUCGAGCGGCUUGGGGACAGCAAGAUAAACGUGCGGCAGAAAGCUGUGGAUGUGGUUGUUGCGGUCUCUUUGGUGCUGGAUGUGUCGACAGUUCUGGAGAAGCUCCAGCUCUGUAUGAAGCACAAGAACUGGCGCACGCGCGAACAGAGUCUACAUGCAGUGUGGAGAUGUUUGGAAAAGCACAAUUUGUUUAAAGAGAAACAAAACGAGCUGCUGGAUAAUGUGCUAAAACUGCUGGAAGAUUCGUCAAAGGAUGUGCGUGACACCGCUAUGACUACGUUGGAAAAGUUUUACGCGUAUAUCGGUUCCUCGCUACUGAGUGACCUGCAGAACAAGAACCUUCGAGCGGGACAGCUGAAGACGCUGGAGAAACGAUUCGAGAAUAUUCCUAAAAGUUCUGGUGCCAUCGUAUGUGCGACGUUGUCGGACGGUGUCGCUCCGGUUUACCGUGGCGCUUUCGAUCGUAAUGACGACCUGCCUCAUGCACUGCCAUCGAAGAUGUCGUCUUACGAUACGCAGGCUCCCUCGUCAUCAUCAUCAUCCGUGGCACGGUAUUUGGAAUCCGUACGGCACCGUACGUUGAACGAAGCAAAGGCAGUCGCUGUUGUAAUAGACGACGAGCGGUCUGGGUCUCACGAGUCCUCGGGAAGCAGUGAGGUCGUGCAAGACGUCAGUUUGCCCGGAACGAGCAGUGACGAUAUUUCCGAUAAGGAAAUUCACAAACAGCUUGGAGUGGUGUUCGACAAGCUACAGCGUGAUAACGACUGGGACAAGCGUGUGGAUGGUUUGAAAAUACUUCAGAAAUUGGCGAACCGAUGCGCCAAGCGCGGAGCUGCGAUCUCAUCGCUAUCUCAGGGUCUCCGCCCGAUUCGUGAGCGACUGUGCCAGCAAGUUAUUGAUCUGCGGUCUAUCGUGUCGAAAGAAGCAUGUGAGACCAUCCAGAUUCUCGCCAGAACACUGACUGAUGAGUUCAAUGCUCAUGCGGAAAUAUGUCUCGGCAAUCUAUUAAAAGCCACAUACGUGACUAUCCAAGUGAUCUCGACUGCAGCAGACACAACAAUUCGAGCCAUAAUCGAAAGUACGAGUAACGGGUAUACGCGCGUGAUCCCAAAGUUGAUCGAAUGUGCGAGCUCUCGAAACCAUGUGCUUCGAUUCAAUGCGGUGUGCUACUUGACGCUGACCCUUCAGCGGUGGAGCGUCAAUUUUCUUAGCAAACACUCGGAUUUGUUUGUGCCAAUUGUGCCAGUCAUUCUGCGAGAUGCGCUUGGCGAUGUGCGCGCGCAGUCAAGGAAAUGUUAUUGGUCGUUCCGGCAUGUCUUCCCGACAGAAGCCGAGAUCAUCUUUUCCCGCUUAGAUGGACCAACACAAAAGAAUUUACGCGAUGAUUCCUUGAAAUCUACUGCACAAGCAGCACGCUUGACGAAUGAUAGCUCGCUAGUUACUCCCGCGCCACCAAAUGGCGCAGGCGGGCGGUCAGCUCUACGGACGACCAAUACAGCUCAGCCAGCUACUAGUGCACUCCCUGCACUAAAUUCGGUGACCUUUAAUGUUGAUGAACACGCCGUACAGCGUGAUGGUAGCUCACAAGAGUCUGCUGCUGGCAAAUUACCGAGACGUGUAUUCGAAGGGAGCUUAGGUUUACAGGGAGUCGAUGCUAAUGAGGAAAGCGCGCAAACUUCGCGAGUACUAUCACAGCGUCCAUUACGCAUCGGACAUGCGGCCCUAGCGAAGCCGUCGGUCUCGAAGGACGGUUUCGCUUUAGAAAAUGAGACGAAGAAGAGCAGUGUCGUGGGUCCUCUUCGCGUGCGAAAUGUACCAGCGUCGCUGCAGACGGCGAGUGCUACAAAUGAGAACUUGGGCGCGUUAAGACAAGAACCAUUGACGACCGGGUCUCAAAGCAAUUUGAAUCCUGUCUCCAAAGUGCAACGAGUUCAGCGCACAGUAGAACUUCAGACGCCCGUUGUAAUGGAAAUCGAAGAGAGUGGUCCAAAAAGAUUGCUGGUUGCAUCGGUGGCGUCACCGACAGCGUCAAAUGCGUCAAGCUCCAGGACAAAUGUCUCAUCGAGGGAUGAUUUGAUCGACAACAAGCCAAAGCGGGCUGUGCUCACGAAAUCAUCAGAACGACUCAAGGCUGCUGACCUGCCACUCGCAGAUUAUCUCGAAGAAGCUCUUCGAAAGAUCGACAGCGAAUCCUGGUCUACCAGGUUGGAAUCCGUCGAGUUUAUUGGUAAAUUACUUCGAGAGCGCGUUGACCAGAUCACUGUUGGCACAGGCGAAGAUCACAAAGUGGAUGGACGGAUCUUGAUUGCGUUCAUCAAGCAUCUGAGCGAUGCUCACUAUCGCGUCUCACAGGGCGUGCUGAAAAGCUUUUUGCCGCUGCUACAGCUGUGUGGCGACAAACAUGUUCCUCAUCUGAAGUCAAUUUUGCCGAAGCUGUUUCAAAAGUUCAUCGAUACGAAAGAUGUAAUUCGCAUGAUCGCUAAAGCGAAUUUGGAGCACAUCACAUCGACAGUUGACAGCUCAACACUGGCUGCGAUAAUGAUAUCGCUGUUGGGUGAUGGGAGUAACAUGAAGGUUAAAGCAGCAAUGUGCCAUUACUUGCGCGAGUUGCUUCCCAGAGCAGAAGGGUACAUGAAGAACGGUAUCAACAACAGCCACAUGAGGUCAUUUCUGCUCAGGAUUGCUUUACUUAUCGAUGCUGACGUCCCGGUUUCGGUUUCAUCAGCUUGUGGCGAACUAGUCUCAGUUGUUGCGCAGCUUUAUGCGUCAGAGAUGGAGACAGCACUAGGACUGCUUCCUCCAUCAAAGCGUUCGGUUGUUGCCAAAAUGCUCAAGUCCAAGAAAAUUGUUCUAGACUGCAGCAAUCGUCAAAACCCUCUAUCUUCAUCAACAGAUCCGCAAAAGACCCAGCCACAGAACGGGAACAGCCACAACCACGUCAUGGAAAAGCUCGCACCUAAAUCAGAGAGGAGCCGUAAGCGACCAGAGUCACCGAGCGUGGAUUCUUCCGGCUCUGCUCAACAGAACGAUCAUAAACGGAUCAACGUGACAUCCCGGUCCGUUUUCGAAGACCUGACGAACAAUCGCAGUACACGUCAAGGUAACGAAGACGUUGUCCAAGUUGUUGCACCGCUCAAAAGUAUACCAUCAUCCGGUUCGCUGUUUUCAUGCGGUGAAACUACGUUGGACAAGCACGGAACCGAACUCGAAGACAUCCUUCAUUUUCUCGAGGAAAAGAACAUGUCGGAGGCUGAGAUGAUGCAUGUGCUUUACAGAACUAUGCAUGCCAUCAAGACGACAUCAUGCGAGACUUGGAACCGCUGUUUCGGUCGACUGCUUCUGCUGCUCCUCGAUGCUGCUACCGAGGAAGACGCGAGAGCAUUAAAAGUGCUGCAGGAACUGGUCGCCGCGCAGCCUUCUCGGGCGCAGAUGUUUGUAGAGCUGCUUUUUCAACGCCUGAUCGACGCAAUGGUCGAUCAAGACGGAGUGGCUCGCCACUUGAUUGAACGUAUCCUGGAUGACUUGGUGCGCUCAGCCAGCGACCAGCAGCAGACACUAGCAAUGCUGAUGCCACUCGUCUCAAGCAGCAAACCGCCCGUGCUACCAAUGGUGCUGCGCCUUGCCAAGUCGUGCUUUCAAUAUUGCGAGCACAGCUGUCGUGAGAAGGAUGUGACGUUCCUGCGCAAUGCCGACCUCGUCGAUCGUCUCACCAAAUGCCUCAGUCACAUGAACUCGCACGUUCGCAAGUGUGCCGUCGACUGCCUCGUGGCACUUCACUUCGCAGUCAUGGAAGACAAUCGAGUCGUGCCUGCGUACCUUGCUGCCAAUGUCGACGAGAUGCAGCACCGACUCGUCGAGAUCUUCAUUGACCGUGCCAAGUUGACGCGCCAUCCAUCCUGUUGA